CAUAGGAAAGUGAGGCCUGGCCGGCCCAUAGUCGGGUCGUAGUUAUCAUCUUCUUCGCAAAAAGGGCGGAAGAUCACGCCACACGAGAACCCGAAAACCGAACGGCUCCUUCUCCAUUCCAGCCCCACACGCACGCGUAUUACCUGCUGACUGCCUAACUCCGUCGGUCUGUCCGGAAACCCGAAAUCCUCAAAAAAGAAAACGAAAAAAAAAAAAGCUCUGAUCAGAAUGUCGGGUUGUAUACGUUGCACACCCAUACAGGUUUCGAUAAAACCGAUCCCAAUUGGUCUGCGCCACGGACGGGUCUUGAAGAACCAGCUUAGAUCUAGGAAUACUUGUAAUGUUGGAGUUCGAGCUUCAAUGGUGGACUCGACCGAGAGCUCCUCCAACUUCGCCAAGCGGAUGGAAAGAGCUUGGUUGAUUUCUCAGUAUUUACGUUAUCGAUGCUUGCAGCAACCAAGGCCCAUUGCUUGCUCUUCUUGCGACUCCAAUGGGCAUGUGGAAUGCGAAUGGUGUCGCGGUACAGGUUUCUUCAUUCUCGGUGACAACAUGCUUUGCCAAGUCCCGUCCAGAAGUACCAGCUGUGUUAUUUGUACAGGAAAGGGAUCAAAACGCUGUGCCGAUUGUAAGGGAACAGGGUUUCGUGCAAAGUGGUUGGAAGAGCCUCCCAUUUCUAAGUAGUAGUGCAAAUACCUGUGAUGUUCAAACUGUUAUUGUUUGCUUUUACCAUUCUGACUCUUUUUGAUAUCAUUUUGUCCGUGCCGUUUCAUGGUCAUGUCAUGAGGUUCAUGAGUCAUGACCUAAUUCGGACUACCUAAAAUUCGUUUGUGAAAAUGUAAUUUCAGUUGCACAGAAAACAUUUGAACAUUGCAUUUUGUUGAAGCGCAAGGAAUUAAUACCAUUCUGUGGUGGAUCAAAA